AAGCUUCAGAAAGAUUAUCAAAUCUUAGAUCAUAUAUGAUUGUAAAGAAAUCAGAUUCUAAUUUCAUUUAUGUACUUUACGAUGAUGAAACAAAAGAAAUGAUGAUGGUUUAUGUUCCUUUGCAAUCAGAUGAAAUAAGAAGCACCAAAGAAAAUAGAAAGAGUCCUAGUACUCGCGAGCUAUGGAAGAACCACCCGUUUAAAAUAUUCAGAAUUUCCGAGAAUGGUGGGAAUAAUGACUCUAAUGAUUUGAAUUCAUCAUAA